AUGAUCACCAGUAUCUUCAGAUCGAAUGAUGAAACUUCCUUGCGCUCGACCAGGCGGCCACCAGCAGGAGAAUUAAUGACUCUAUCUAAAAUUUAUCAAAAAGAUGAAAAUCCACCUUGCAUUUUUCCUGAACUAGUUACGAGCUCGUCCCUCCUUCGUAGUAGGCCUAGAUUCAAGAAUGUCAACUUCCAUGACAGCACGACGGCGCACCGACUACGGGAGAAGAACCCUGAACAAAAAGUAGAAAGAACAUCCCAAAGAAGUAGAAGAUAUUGGUGGUCGCAAUCAGAAGUCACACGACAGCACGGAGUUAUGCAUUUGAACAAAAAAGAUGCUGGUAGAGUUGAUGUAUCGAACGAGCUAAUUUUUGAAUUCCAAAUAAUUUCUGAAGACUCUAUCAAAAAGCAGGAGAGCGAGAAAGAUGUAAAAUGUAAAAUGAGAUAAGCACUGAAAAAAAGCUACUGGUCGUGUUGUACUUUUCUGUACAGACGCAGGUAGUUGUGCAGCAACAGCUUCAUUGCUAAUUGCAAUUCUGAC